UGAUAAAGCAGCGCAUUAAUAAUGUUUACUCUGCCCGUGUUAUCGGCAUAUAUGGUUUGAAAACGAGGACGUCAAAAGGAUCAAUUUACAUUGUUAAAAUGCUGCCAUUUCUUGAACAUUUACAGUUAUGAGUGGCAUCGUCCAAUCGUGCCCAACAAACCUUACAGAAGUCCUCGCGGCAUCAGCGAGACUAAACUGUAGUAAAGAUGGGUUUGGGAAUGACCAAUAUUCAUGUCUUCCUAACUCCAAGAAGACUGGACUUGUGGAAUUCUGUCAUGAAGGAGGCAUUCCGUUGGUAGUAGACGGUUCUUGUUUGGAGACAGAAGGGGGCCAGUUGUACUAUAGCAAAUGUCAACACUUCAUCAAUGGUUGUCCGAGUAAGCCGUACCUUGCCAAUGAGAUAUACAAACAUCCCGCCUGUCUGAAAAUCAACACAGAGAACCAGUGUUUUCUUGCUGAUCCAUCAUGUCCCAAUAUGACCUCACCAUUCACUACCAAAGACUUGAUGGACACAGCAUCCACCUACUCGGGCUUCUCUAACACAACUGUGAAUACUCUCUACAACACGACCACAUCCAUAGAAGAUGUACCUGAUGUAGGGGUAGUUGUGGGAGGUGUGUUAGGUGGAGUAUGUGUUAUUGUAGCCCUACUAAUUUUAGUGUGUGUUGUCCUGAGAAGGCGGAAACAACAAAAACACCAAACUAACAAAGGAAACGACGAAGAAUCCGAACCACUUACAUCAAUCGGCGAACAGAGAGAUGGAUAUGAAGAAAAUAGUAACCCUACUGCUGAAUCAAAGAAACCUGAGGAUAAAGAAGGCAGUGUCCCCGAUGAAGAGUCACAGAAACCUGACGAUAAAAAGUACAGUGUCCCUGAUGAAGUAAAGAAUCAAAUAGAAAACCAAGGAAUUGAUUUCCUAAGAAGCAUGUCCUUAGAACAAGACAAAUAUCGCAAUGGAAUAGCAAAGAUGUUGCAAGUCCCUGUAGAAGUUCUUGGAAUGUCAAACGAAGACAUUGAAACCUUUAUCAGAAACUACAAAAAAGGGAGUACAAAGGUAUACUGCGGCCGUGGAAUGGUGGUGGGUUACUUUGGGGCAGGAAAGACAACUCUGGUGAAGAAAUUGAAGGGUGAAGAUGUAUCUCAUCCACCAGAAUCCACGAGAGGAUUAGAAGUUCAUACAAAUAUUUUUACUCUAGAUGAAGACGAAACUAGUUUGAUGGUGAACAAGGAUCAGAAGAGUAAACACAUUUUGCAAAUAACUCUGGGAACUUCUAGGAGUGAAUCUGAUGAAACUUCAUUGAACGCUACACAAUCAAAUCCAAAAGCUGAUGAUGAAAUACAAAGUACAACUAUUUCAUCAGCAAUAAAUGGUACAGAACCUUCAUCUCAAAAACACGAAAAGAAAUAUGAUUUGCCAUUUCAAAAAAUUAAGACUGGUUUCACCUUUGAAAAGUCAAAUAAUUUUCCUAGUAAAGCUGAGCAAAAAUCUCCUAAAACUGGAAAAUAUCUUGAUAAUCAUCUCGUAAAAGAUCAGAUUACAGACAGUGUUCCGAAUAAGACUGAUGAAAAUCAACAAAUUCCGGGACUUGACAUAGGUAUUAUCCUACCUAAUGUCAGUGAUAAGCCAGUAAAGACGAUAAGUUUGUUGGAUUUUGCUGGUCAAGAUGCUUACUACGCCUGUCACCACAUCUUCUUAAGUCCAAAGACUUUUUACAUCCUAGUGACGGAUAUGUCUAAAGAAUUGACAGAAAAACCAACCAACGCGCUUGAGACAAAGGAUCUCAUAUACAGUGAUUGGACUCAUCAAGAUUAUAUCAACCACUGGCUAGGAUCAAUCCACACAUACAGUUCGGAAACAGCACCUGUCAUUCUGGUUCUAUCGCAUUCAGAAACAAAAGAGAAGGCAGAUAAAAAAUACUUUUCAAAAGUACUAGAAGGUGUACCGAAAACAUUACAAGGUCAUUUAAGCGUAAAGAGUGUGUUUGCAGUGGAAAAAGAAUCUGAUGAAAAUAUUGAAAAGAUCAAAUUAAGUAUGAUAAAGGUUGUCAUGGAGCAAAGUCAUUGGGGAGAGUCCAUUCCUACAUCAUGGGUUCAUCUAGAGGCCUAUUUGAUGGAAAUCAAAAAACGCCAAAUGGUUUUGCAAAAGAAAAACCUUUGGAAGGCAUUGUCAUCUAAGAAAACAAUGGGCAUUACAAGCGAAGAGGAUAUGACUACUGCACUGAAAUUGUUUAAUGACAUUGGCGUUAUUGUCUUCACCACUUCCUCAGAGUCCAUUAUUCUUGAUGUCCAGUGGUUUGUAAAUGCCUUCAAGCACAUUAUAACAGAUGAAGAUCACGCAGAGCAUGAUAUAGCAAAGCAAUUCCACGAGUGGAAAAACUUCAACACCAAUGGAAUUUUGCCAAAGAACCUAGUAACAGAAAUAUGGAAGGAACAUGAGUCAUUCACUAAAUACAAGGAAGAUUUAAUAUUUCACAUGAUCAACCUUGGAAUGAUUGCUGAAAUGGAAAAGGGUGAAAAGUACUAUGUCCCUUGUAUGAACAAGCAAAAGUAUGACAUGAAUGUCUUGCAGAACUGUACUUGUUCUUCCACUGUCUGUUUCAUGUUUGAAUAUCUACCAUUGGUGAUUUUCCAUCGUUUAAUUGCGACAUGUAUGACAAAAGAAGGCUGGGGGAUCUGGAAUGGGAAUGAUGAAAAUCAUCAGAAGCGUGGUCAAACCAGUGAAUGCGUGUUUCACACUGCUGUCAUACUUAAAGAAAAAGACCAUCUCAAGAUCCUGAUAGGGAUAUCAGAAAAGAAGAAAUAUUUGCAGGAUCCGAAAAAUACACAUCCCUAUUCUAUAGAAAUACAGGGCAUUGUUUUCAAAGAUAAAAAGAUACCAAGACUGUUUAGUGAAGUUGAAAAAAUAAAAAAACAUCUAAAAGAUUUAACUUCAUGUUUUGGAGCAAAUCGUGACAGGACCUAUAUGAUUGGAUAUAGAUGUUCAAGAGUCCCAUUUUCUGACACUUCUGAUUCCCAUAUCAUAUUACAGUCUGCAAACGAAUGUACACAAUGUAGGAAGAGUGGAGUAAUUGACGACAUGAAAAUAGAUUGGACGGAUGACGGACCAGCUAGGAAUGACACAUUCGAAAUUAUUGAAUUGAACCAUGAGAUGAAUAUGGACCAAGUCGAUUUAACUGCACGACCUAAAGAAUACGUUGACAAUGUUAACGAAAAUGGAGGAGAUACACAGCCUGAUCACAAACAGGACCACGAUAAAGGAGAUGAUGGACCUAAUGUAUUACACGAAGCCUGCAAGAAUGCCAAGUUACAAACAUGUGAACAUCUUAUCCAAACACACCCUCACCUUCUAAACAGUGUAGAUAAUGAUGGAUGGAAUGCUGCUCUACACGCCGCUGGAGGAGGAAAUGUUAAAAUUCUACAACUACUGGCACAUAAUGAGGUAGACGUCAGACAUAAAAACAAUGACGGCAGCAACAUUCUUCACACGGCAAGUUGGAACGGUGAAUUACAAAUGAGUUGUUAUAUCAUCCAAACAUACCCCGACCUUCUACACAGUGUAGAUAAUGAUGGAUGGAAUGCUGCUCUGUACGUCGCUGGAGGAGAAAACGUUAAAAUUCUACAACUACUGGCAGAUAAUGGAGUAGACGUCAAACAUAAAAACAAUAUCGGCUGGAGCAUUCUUCAUGUGGCAUGUAUACACUCUAACUUAGAAAUGAGUCGUUAUAUCAUCCAAACAUACCCUGACCUUCUACACAGUGUAGAUAAUGAUGGAUUGAAUGCUGCUCUACACGCCGCUAGAGCAGGAAAUGUUAAAAUUCUACAACUACUGGCAGAUAAUGAAGUAGACGUCAGACAUAAAAACAAUAACGGUUGGAACAUUCUUCACGUGGCAUGUAGGAACGGUGAAUUAGAAAUGAGUCGUUAUAUCAUCCAAACAUACCCCGACCUCCUACACAGUGUAGAUAAUGAAGGAUGGAAUGCUGCUCUACUCGCCGCUGGAGGAGAAAACGUUAGAAUUCUACAACUACUGGCAGAUAAUCAAGUUGACGUCAAACAUAAAAAUAUCGGCUGGAGCAUUCUUCACGUGGCAUGUAUACACUCUAACUUAGAAAUGAGUCGUUAUAUCAUCCAAACAUAUCCUGACCUUCUACACAGUGUAGAUAAUGAUGGAUUGAAUGCUGCUCUACACGCCGCUAGAGGAGGAAACGUUAAAAUUCUAAAACUACUGGCAGAUAAUGAAGUAGACGUCAAGCAUAAAGACAAUAUUGGUUUGAACAUUCUUCACACGGCAUGUGUCGAGGAUAACUUAGAAAUGAGUCGUUAUAUCAUCCAAGCAUUCCCUGACCUUCUACACAGUGUAGAUAAUGAUGGAUGGAAUGCUGCUCUAUACGCCGCUACAGGAGGAAACGUUAAAAUUCUACAACUACUGGCAGAUAAUGAGGUAGACGUUAAACAUAAAGCCAAUAACGGACGGAACAUUCUUCACACGGCAUGUAGGAACGGUGAAUUAGAAAUGUGUCGUUAUAUCAUUCAAACAUACCCUGACCUUUUACACAGUGUAGAUGAUAAUGGACAGAAUGCUGCAUUCUACGCCGUUCGAGAAGGACAUGUUAAGAUUCAACAAUUACUGACCGAGCAUGGAGUGAAGACUUAAAAAAACUAGCUGGAAUUGCUUUGUUUUUUUAUUUGGAUUGCGAGUGCAUAGUGUAUAGCGUAAAACCCAUGUUUGUAGAAAAGUAAUAACUAUUCAGCAAUGAACCUUUCUUUUAUAGAAGAACGUAAGCUUUACUUUUGUUCAGAAGGUAUAAUGUAGCAGGGGACAGUCAACGUUUUUAAAAAAUGGAAAUACCCCAUAUUUGAAGUGAUAUUACAUGCGUAAAUAUGUAUACACAAAUUUUAGGAUGCAUGUCAAAUGUAACCGAGUGCUUAAUAAAAAUGUUGAUAUACAACAUGUAGGUGUCACCAUGAUUCCUAACAUAUAAAUGGGUGCAAAUACGAAACUAAGACACGUGGUCAGUUGCUGAAGAAAUUCCGGUGAAAACAUACAUAGUCCAGCAAAAGGUCUGUAGCUGAGAGGGAAGGUGGAUAGUCCCACAUGAAAGGUAGAGGGUUAUUGAUUGUGCACAGUGUCUAAAUUUCCAUGUUUGGUACUGUGAUGGUGUGGAGGUGGUGCGGAUUAGCCCAAAUGAGAGAAAAUACAAGCAAAAAAGGGGAACCUGCUCAGAACAUGUUUUGUGCACCAGCACCAAUAUUUAUAGAUUACAUGUAAUUUAGGGUCAUAAUUCAUUAACUACACGUAUUGACAUAAAAGGGAAAUAAGAUUUUUCAUUAGUCAGUCAUAAUCUGACUUUGAUGUAUACCCCUAUCCAUAUGUUUCAAAACCAACGAAAAUGUCCACUGCCAUCUAAAGUAUUAUGAAAGUACACGAUAAUUAGCCACACACAUCAAAUUAAUUCGCAUCACGUGGCUUUUUCGAUUUAAUAAACAUUUGGGUUCAGUUCUUUCGUUCGAUUUCUUAAUUAUACGAAAUUGCUGAUAGUCGAAUAAACAUAUCAGAAUGCUUCGAUGUCGAUGUGAGUUUUUUUCUUUCUUUGGGAAAGUGGUAAUGUGUUUUACUAUUAUGAAUUAUCAUCAUGAGAGAGAGAGAGAGAGAGAGAGAGAGAGAGAGAGAGAGAGAGAGAGAGAGAGAGAGAAAGAGAAAGAGAGAGAGAGAGAGAGAGAUUCUUUUACGUCCCGUCUCGAGUUUUUCAAUCAUAUUGUGACGUCACCAGCUGUAAAACAUUUUGAUUGCCUAAAGCUGGAAUUCAAAAAGUAAUUCAAUGUAUGAAAGAUUCUCGAAAGGGACAUUAAACUAUAUACAAUUAAUCAAUCUAUCGCUACACAGAGAUGAUUUUGUUUAACUGCUUUUAAACAACAAUGCUGACCAAAAUUGAAUUUCUAAAAACAUUUUAUUAAACUUUCAUAAAUAACAACAAAUGUAUAUUUAAAUACAGAGUAUUUUGUUUUUUGAAAUGUUCAUACAAUGCAUACAUGAGUAGUUAAUGAUCAAACACCUGUAUAAAGAGGUACUGCCUGUUGUAGCAGUAAUUAAUCUAUUACAUAAUGAACCCGGUAAUAUAUGUAUCUGUAACCGGAAAGCAGAACUCUUUAACUGAUAAAAUAUGAAAGUUACCAGCCAACUUGGCUUAAAGUGGUAAACUACCUCCAGUUUACAAUGAUCAACCCAGGUAAGGGGAUUUCUGAACUAUGAUCAACGCUAAAUGAAAACACUGUUUAAAGUUUUUUAUGAAUUUAAUAAAGUGAGAAUUAACCUUUGUAAAUGAUAACAAAUAAUAAGUAAUGAUCAAAAUAUAACAAAUAGUAAAGUCUAUGGAAAUUUCACAGAAACAAAUAAAGUUAUAUCAGAAAUAUGAUUUAAUUUAGCAAA